GAAUUCUCUGCCUCCACUCCAACGAGCGCAGUCUGUAGUUGCGUGAUCACAGCUGGUCUCUCCUCAGUCAGUCAUCCAGCAAGCCUCCUGUACCACCACACGCACUGUACACUAGAUCCUGGAUUUGAUCAGAAAUGUUUUUCUGUAGAUCGGCUUGGCAGAGACUGGGGCUCCUGGCACGAAUGACAGUCGCCCCACCUUUAUCCAGAAAUGUGGUUCCAGUGCGGCAGAUGUCCGUCGGGAUCCCCGGUGGCUCUGCCACCAACGUGGCGUACGCCGUUCUGUGUGGAGGAGGCCUCACUGCCGCUGUGGUCUACGCUUACAAGACAGUGAAUGGUGACAGUGAGCGGUACAAUGACCGACUCGCCGAGAUGAACUUGAGGCCCAAGGAAGCAGCACCAGCAGCAGAGGAAGCAGCACCAGCAGCAGAUGAAGCAGCAGAUGAAGCAGCACCAGCAGCAGCAGAGGAAGUAGAAUCCCCAGAAGAACCGGCACCAGUAGAAGCAGAGGUGUUAGCCGAGGUGGUCGCUGAGACGGCCGCAGUCGAGGAGGCGCCUGCAGCAGCAGAGGAAGUCCUGGCAGAGGUCGCAGCCAAAUCCGUCGCUGUCCUAGAGGCGGUUGCAGAGGUUGCUGUGGAACCAGAGGUCGUUGCAGUUGAGGAGGCGCCCGCAGUGGAAGUUGCCGUGGUUACGGAAGAAGCUCCACCGGAGGCUGACGCAGAGGCCGUCAUCGAGGACGUCGCAGAUGCGGCUCCUGGCGUCGUGGAAGAGGUCGUUGCCGUGGAGGCCGCCGAUGCUGUGUCUGACAUCACGUCUGCCUCCAUGAAGCUCCUGGCCAGUUCUGAGAUCGCUGCUGCCUCGGUAGCUGAGAGGAGGCUCAUGCACGCCGUCCAAUACCUAGAAGACCGGACUGAAGAAUCCUCACUCGCUCCCGCCGAGGACAUUCUAGAUUCCCUGGCGGUUCCUGAAGCUAAGGUAGAGGAGGAAGUGUUAUCUGUGGAGGGGAAGUGGCAGAAGCACCAGCUGCAGAAAUCUUGGAAACUGAAGAGCCCAAACCAGAAGAGGAGGCUGUUGCCACCCCUAAUGUCACAGAGGAAGUGGUUGCUGAAGAGACCCCUGAGCCGGAGGAAGUGGUUGCUGAAGAGACCCCUGAGCCAGAGGAAGUAG